AUGAGGUGUUGCACUAAGAACGCAGUAAAUGUAGAAAGUCCUAAAAAAAUAGUAAUUGAAGAAACAGAGGAUUGCACAAAUGAAGAAGUAAAUGUAGAAAAUCCUAAAAAAGUAGUAAUUGAAGAAACAGAGGAUUGCACAAAUGAAGAAGUAAAUGUAGAAAAUCCUAAAAAAAUAGUAGUUGAAGAAACAGAGGAUGGCACAAAUGAAGAAGUAAAUGUAGAAAAUCCUAAAAAAAUAGUAGUUGAAGAAACAGAGGAUUGCACAAAAGAAGAAGUAAAACCUAAUUCUGAUCUUCCAACAGUUUCUAUUACCCUGAGCGAUGGCUCUGUUUACACAGGAACCGUAAAGGACAAACGCGUACACGGAAGGGGCAUUUUAAAGUAUGCAACUGGAGAAGAAUAUGAUGGGGAAUUUGUUGAUGGAAAAAGGCAAGGGAAAGGGAAAUGGAGUGACAAAGAAAAUAAUUCAUAUGAAGGAUAUUGGGAGAAUGAUAGAAGGCAUGGACAUGGAAUUUACAAAACAGCAGAUGGUUUUACUUUUGAAGGAGAUUUUAAUAAUAAUAAAAGAGAAGGAAAAGGAACGAUUAUAACUCCAGUAAAUACAAAAUAUACAUGUACAUUUCAAGAUGAUGUUGAAGUAGGAGAGGCUGAAUUUUUUUUCGCAAAUGGUGAUCAUGCCAUUGGACAUAUUAAAGAUGGUUCUUUAAGUGAAAAUGGAAGAUAUGAAUUUAAAAAUGGCGAUAUUUAUGUCGGGAGUUUUGAAAAAGGAUUAUUUCAUGGUGAAGGUUACUAUAAAUGGAACAACCAUACUUCUUAUGCAGCUUAUGAAGGAAAUUAUUUUGAGGGAAAAAAACAUGGAAACGGUCGGCUCAUUAAUCGAGAUGGGCGUAUAUUGUGUGGCGAAUUCAAAAAUAAUAAUAUGAAUGGAGAGUUCUUAGAAAUUAGUCCUCAAGGAAACCAAACGAAAGUUCUGUACGACCAUGGAUAUUUUAUCAAGAUCCUUGACGUUAUUGAAGAAAAAAUAGAUGUAGAAGAAUUCAUCAAGGAAACUGUCAUUCAUACAACCAUUUUCUCUGAUCCCCAUAUGUACAAGAAAUUGUAUGAGAUCAAGAAAAAAGAGAGACCUCAAUUUCGCCUUAACCUGAAAAAGUGA